AUGGCGUCGACUUAUUCUCCGGUCGCCAACAUAUAUUCAAUCCAAACAAUUCUCGCAGUAUGUGCUGAAUGCGACUAUCAAAUGGAUCAGCUGGACGUCGGCACGGCUUUUCUCAACAGCGUAUUGACGGACAACGCUUUUAUGGAAACCCCGCUAGGUGUCAACAAUGAUCAAGGAUACAUAUGUCAACAAAACAAGGCUAUCUACGGACUGAAACAAUCAACACGUGCUUGGAACAAGAGGAUUCAUUGUGUCUUCGUGAGGCAUUGCUUUAAGAAUUGCGGGGCAGAUCCAUGUGUUUAUUUCAAGAGCACCAAUAAAGGGUUAGUCUACGUUGGACUAUAUGUGGAUGACAUGAUUAUCGCUGCAAGCACCAGCAAGGAAAUAAAUCAAGUCAAGGGCGUACUCAAGAAUGCAUUUAAGAUGAAAGAGUUGGGUAAGACAGAAUUUAUUUUGGGUAUGGAUCACGACAGGUCAGCUGGAACUUUGAUGAUCAAGCAGACUCGCUACAUCGGCGACGUGGUCAAGCGAUCCGGUAAACAAAAUGCUAAAAGCGUGGAUAACCCAUGGGCAUCAUUAUUGAAGCUGUUGCCAAAGCAGACACCAACAACGGAAGAGGAACGGUCGGGAAUGCAAUUUAAGCCUAAUCGCUUAUUAAUUGGAUACUUGCUGUACAUAACGGCAUGUACUGGACGGGAUAUUGCGUACGUGGUAACACAGCUAUGA